CAUUCCAGCUUAUUUACAUUGCUUCCUUACCGGGCGGGAUUUCCGCAAUAAUAUCAAGUAUGGCGAAAACAUACGACUAUUUGUUUAAAUUACUGUUAAUCGGAGACUCUGGUGUCGGGAAGACCUGCGUCCUGUUCAGGUUUUCGGAAGACGCCUUCAAUUCAACGUUUAUCUCAACUAUAGGCAUUGAUUUCAAGAUUAGGACAAUAGAGCUUGACGGCAAGAAGAUAAAGUUACAAAUAUGGGAUACAGCUGGUCAGGAACGCUUCCGAACAAUCACAACAGCCUACUACAGAGGUGCAAUGGGCAUCAUGCUCGUCUACGACAUCACAAACGAAAAAUCCUUUGAAAAUAUCAAGAACUGGAUAAGGAAUAUAGAAGAGCAUGCAUCAGCGGACGUUGAGAAGAUGGUCCUUGGCAACAAAUGUGACAUCAAUGACAAACGGCAGGUGUCCAAAGAGAUGGGGGAAAAGCUUGCACUAGAGUAUGGAAUAAAGUUCAUGGAGACCAGCGCAAAGUCCAACAUCAACGUGGAAAAUGCGUUUUUGAUGCUCGCCAGAGACAUCAAAUCAAAAAUGGACACAAAAUUGGAGGGCAACACACCGCAAGGAAGCAGUCAGGGCGUAAAGAUCUCAGAGCCUCAGAAAAAGACCAGCUUCUUCCGCUGUAGCCUACUCUGAGGACUGAGGCCUUUCAUACUGACUGGACAUAAAUAGACUGUUCUUGCUCUUAGCACUUCCUCCCCCUUUCUCUCCGGCUAUGGUCAGUCCUCUCAGACCACGUAAGCCAUUAUAUUGUCAGUAAAUGGAGGACUUCCCCUCCUUGCUUCCUCUUCUGAAAGCUUCCAGAGUUUCAUCUUUUCCAUUUUAAGGAUAAAUGUUGACUUCAUGGGUCACAGUGCUCUGCUGGUUGGAGGACUCAGCCAGGAGCAUUAUCCAGAUGUUCCAUUUAACACAAAGGAAUGGGCUCUUACUCCAGAUGUUAGUCUCUUCAUUAUCCUCACUCACUCAUUCACGCAACCGGUAGCAGAACCAGGGAUGAGAAGUCAUUAAUAGUUUGUGGACUGGAUUACAAAUGUGAUAUAUUUAGAUCUAUUUUUAAUAGCACUCUUUCCCUUUUUUUAUGUGACUAAUUUCAACCAGAGGCCGAUGAGCUUGAAUUGCUGUCAAACAGAGCUGUACAGGUUUCCUUUUCACUGUCAGUCAAGGAUCAGACAGAGAAUGAGCUGACAGCACUGCUCUUGUUGUCCUUGACAAUCAUUUUUUUGUGACUGAAAAUGAUGACUCCACCAUUGGUGCAUUCACCUCCUUUCAGUGAGUGAUGAAGAGCAAUAUAUUAUCUUAAACUACAGUUUUUGUCAUUCUAAUGAUGAAAAUGCAAGUACUCUGUUUAGGAACAUUUCUCUAUGUAGCAAAUGACCAGUCUUAAAUUUGUAAUAAUAGGGUUACUGUGACAGUGAGUCCUUAAUUUAUAGUUUAAAAUCACAGCCUGUUUAAAGCCACUAAAGAUGUCCCUUAAUUUAGGGAAAUUAAGGGACUUUUUAAACGAUUUAUUAUUGAAGUUUGUUUAUCUCCAUUGACCUGUCGCCUCAGCUCUUAAGUAAAAUAGAUUGAGUGUUUUAAGCUUUGAGAUUGAUGUCUGAAUUUUUUCUGUCAGCUCUUAGUCGCAGUUAAGCUGAAUGACGUCUCUGGUUGUUUGAUGACCAGUUAAAAUCACUUGAAGUUUCACACUGUAAGCCCCUUCUGCCCCUUCCCUGCUGUCAUGCAGCUCUCCUUGCACUUUACCAGUAAAUUGUGGUUCGUGUGUAGUCUGUGCCAAGUGAUAGUUUUGCAAUACAGUACAGCUAUAAAUUUCUUUUGCUCCUUUUGAGUCUUGGUAAUAUAAAGGACAUAUAUUACCAACAUUGUUAGUUCUCUUAAAAACGUUUCCUUACUCAGACUGUAAGUUAUUUCAGCAUAUAUCUGUGCGUAAGAGAUAAAAGUCUUUAAGCCUCUCUUUUUUAUACUACUGUGCUUGCCAACCCAUAGUUUAAAAGUAAUAUUUUAUGAGUUUACAUAGAGAUGGCUUGAAUUAAGCUAAAGAUGGCCCUGUUUGGGGUAUUCUGCAUUCUUUUACAGGUUUGUUUUUCCCCAUUGUGGACAUUAUAUCUGACAGCUAGGUGGCGCCAGAAGCACACGGUGCAUCUUAGGUGACUGCCAAACUUCAAAUAUGAAUCAGUAUUUUAUUAGAGACAACUAAUUUGGGGAGUGUGAUGCAGUUAUGUACACUCCACCUGUGUUGAGCUUAAAUGUGGAUUCUCAGUCUGUUUCCAUUGUUUCUAUGUUUAUGUUAGUCUUAAAAUCAAGUUCCUACAUGCACAGUAUUGAGGGACAAUAGGUUUCAUGCACCUUUGUAAUAUCAAAUAAUUUGGGACCUCAUGAAUACCAUGGCCAUUUGUCUUAACCACUAGUAAUCUAUUCUGUCAUAGGUGAGCUAUGCAUUGUGAAUCUCGGACCUGUGCGUGUGUGUAAUGUACUUUUUUUUUUUCAGACAUACCUACAGAGCUGUACAGUUGAAUGUAUGGGCUUUUGUUAUUUUUGUUUUGUGUCAUUCACUGAGCCAAAAAAGAGAGGACACGCUCUGUUUAUUUAAAGCAGCAUUGGUGCAUCAUUACAGGUGAAAUUUAGCACAGCGGGGUACUGUUGAGCGGGAAGAGAGCGGAUGUCGAAAUGUGAAGACGGCACCGUUUUGUUCGAGCUUUAAGUCAUAAACAGAAACAUAGGGAGCAAACUUUUAUGGGACUCGAGCUGCAUCAUUUUUUUUUUUCUGAAAUAUGAUACUUCCUCUUUGAUUUUGUUUUUAAGUCAUAUCUUUUGUUUUCUUGAAAUUUUUCCCUUUUUACAGCCAUAUUUUAUUCCAUGUAGUGUGAAGUACACAGGGACAAUAAUAUAAAAAAAAUCAACAAAACAUUGUAAAUAUCACUUAAAAAUAGGUCUACUUAAAUUGUACUGUACUUUCUAAACCCAUAUAAAAAUGUAUCUACAAUUUUGUAGAUAUGUGAACUUUUGAUUUAAUAAAAUAAGGUUAUAAAACUAA